CCCUUCCCCCCUCACUACCCUCAUUCUCCUCUCUGCAACCUCAUGUGAAAGCGAGAGAGAGAGAGAGAGAGAGAGAGAGAGAGAGAGAGAGAGAGAGAGAGAGAGAGAGAGAGAGAGAGAGAGAGAGAGAGAGAGAGAGAUAGAGAUAGAGAGAGAGAGACUGCAGAGCUUUUAAAUAGCCUGACUGUAAUACCCCCUCUCUUUUCUUGCGUCCUAAAUGUACCCUUUGCAGUGCACCAGUUUUUAACCACGUGGUUCUGGUCAGAUCUAGUGCACUGCAACGAGUGUACAAAACAUUAAGAACACCUUCCUAAUAUUUAUUUGCCCUUUUGCAGUCAGAACAGACUUAAUACGUCAGGACAUGAACUCUACAAGGUGUCUAAAGCGUUCCACAGGGAUGCUGGCCCAUGUUGACUCUACAGGGUGUCUAAAGCGUUCCACAGGGAUGCUGGCCCAUGUUGACUCUACAAGGUGUUGAAAGCGUUCCACAGGGAUGCUGGCCCAUGUUGACUCUACAAGGUGUUGAAAGCGUUCCACAGGGAUGCUGGCCCAUGUUGACUCUACAAGGUGUCGAAAGCGUUCCACAGGGAUGCUGGCCCAUGUUGACUCUACAAGGUGUUGAAAGCGUUCCACAGGGAUGCUGGCCCAUGUUGACUCUACAAGGUGUUGAAAGCGUUCCACAGGGAUGCUGGUCCAUGUUGACUCUACAAGGUGUCUAAAGCGUUCCACAGGGAUGCUGGUCCAUGUUGACUCUACAAGGUGUGGAAAGCGUUCCACAGGGAUGCUGGCCCAUGUUGACUCUACAAGGUGUGGAAAGCGUUCCACAGGGAUGCUGCCCCAUGUUGACUCUACAAGGUGUCUAAAGCGUUCCACAGGGAUGCUGGCCCAUGUUGACUCUACAAGGUGUCUAAAGCGUUCCACAGGGAUGCUGGCCCAUGUUGACUCUACAAGGUGUCUAAAGCGUUCCACAGGGAUGCUGGCCCAUGUUGACUCUACAAGGUGUCUAAAGCGUUCCACAGGGAUGCUGGCCCAUGUUGACUCUACAAGGUGUCUAAAGCGUUCCACAGGGAUGCUGGCCCAUGUUGACUCUACAAGGUGUCUAAAGCGUUCCACAGGGAUGCUGGCCCAUGUUGACUCUACAAGGUGUCUAAAGCGUUCCACAGGGAUGCUGGCCCAUGUUGACUCUACAAGGUGUCUAAAGCGUUCCACAGGGAUGCUGGCCCAUGUUGACUCUACAAGGUGUCUAAAGCGUUCCACAGGGAUGCUGGCCCAUGUUGACUCUACAAGGUGUCUAAAGCGUUCCACAGGGAUGCUGGCCCAUGUUGACUCUACAAGGUGUCUAAAGCGUUCCACAGGGAUGCUGGCCCAUGUUGACUCUACAAGGUGUCUAAAGCGUUCCACAGGGAUGCUGGCCCAUGUUGACUCUACAAGGUGUCUAAAGCGUUCCACAGGGAUGCUGGCCCAUGUGGACUCUACAAGGUGUCUCAAGCGUUCCACAGGGAUGCUGGCCCAUGUUGACUCUACAAGGUGUCUCAAGCGUUCCACAGGGAUGCUGGCCCAUGUUGAUUCCAGGGAUGCUGGCCCAUGUUGACUCCAGGGAUGCUGGCCCAUGU